UGUAAGAAAGACAGUCGGCAAAGCCUGGGAGAAACCAGCUCCUCCCUCCCUGCUCCGCUCAGCCUCACUCCUCCUUGGUUCCCUCGGAGCGCCUUGUGCCCUGGCAGGACGUCCCCAGGCCGGCCCCCUGUGUCCUGAGGGCCUCCCGUGGUGAGGACUUGAGUGGACAGCAGGAGGGGUGGAGGGAGGGAGGGAGGAAGGGAGCAAGCCUCGUGCCCUGCAGGCUUUCUGGAUGCAGAAGCCGGGCUCGCUGCAGAGGCAGCUGUGCUGUUCCCAGAGCUUCUGGGGUACCUCCGCCUCUCAGGGUUUGCCCAGGCGGCCUCCAAGUUCCAGGGCCACGCGAGGUGGCUGCUUUCCCUUUCGGGCGCCGACAGCAGAGCCUAGCUUCCCUCUACCACCAUGAGCGGCUGCUCCAAAACCUGCAAGCUGGGGUUCGUGAAAUGUGCCCAGACUGUCUUUAAGCUCAUCACUGGGACCCUCAGCAAAGAUAAGAUUGAAGAUGAGUUGGAAAUGACCAUGGUUUGCCAUCGGCCCGAGGGACUGGAGCAGCUUGAGGCCCAGACCAACUUCACCAAGAGGGAGCUGCAAGUCCUUUAUCGAGGCUUCAAAAAUGAGUGCCCCAGUGGUGUGGUCAAUGAAGAAACAUUCAAACAGAUCUACGCUCAGUUUUUCCCUCAUGGAGAUGCCAGCAUGUAUGCUCAUUACCUCUUCCACGCCUUCGACACCACCCAGACAGGCUCUGUGAAGUUCGAGGACUUUGUAACUGCUCUGUCGAUUUUACUGAGAGGAACUGUCCAUGAGAAGCUAAGGUGGACAUUUAAUUUGUAUGACAUCAAUAAAGACGGAUACAUAAACAAAGAGGAGAUGAUGGACAUCGUCAAAGCCAUCUACGACAUGAUGGGGAAAUAUACAUAUCCCGUGCUCAAAGAAGACACUCCAAGGCAGCAUGUGGAUGUCUUCUUCCAGAAAAUGGACAAAAAUAAAGAUGGCAUCGUGACUUUAGAUGAAUUUCUUGAAUCCUGUCAGGAGGAUGACAACAUCAUGAGGUCCCUCCAGCUAUUCCAAAAUGUCAUGUGACUAUGGACAUAGCCAUCCAGCUCUCAGAGACAUUGUACUGAACAACCACCUCUUAACACCUUGAUCUGCCCUUGUUCUGAUUUUGCACACCGACUCUUGGGACAGAAACACCUUUUACAUUUUGGAAGAAUUCUCCGCUGGAGACUUUCUAUGGAACCCAGCAUCACAUGGCUCAGUCUCUGAUUGCAAACUCUUCCUUCUCCAUCUUCUUGAGAGAGAGAAGAUGAAAUUGGGUUUGUUUUGGAAGCAUGCUCAUCUCUUCAUGCUGCUGCCCUAUGGAAGGUCCCUCUGCUUGAGCUUAAACAGUAAUGCACACUUUUCUGCUUGCGUGACCCAGCCCACUGCCUCUGAGUCCAGCAGACCUUGAUGUAUCCGGAAGCAAGAUGACCUGAGCCAAAUGCACACCAUCCUCUAGUGGCCUCCCAAACCAAUGUGCCUGUUUCCCUUCUUUUGGUGGGAAGAAUGAGCAUUAUACAGAACAAUAUGAAUCCGUAUAUGACUAGAUUGGGAGAGCCAGCACCUAACAUAUGUAGGAUAGAACUGAAUUCUUAAGCAUGGCAUUGUCUGGUGACCCAAACUGCCCAAAUCCUUUGUUUCCAGAGGCAAGAACCAAUAAUUCUUUCUCACACUGGCAUUUGUGCUGGUAGUGCAAGUCCCUUGAUGUGCCCAGGAAAAGAGCCAAUGCCCAGUGGUCCAUGCCCUCACUCCAUCUCCUGCUAGAGCCUAGCACUGCAUGCCCCUCCCAGAAAGCCCAGAAUGCCUGCAAAUUGUAAUUUUAUACCAUGUUCUAAUCAAUAAACAGAACUAUUUCUUACACUCUUAA